AUGGAAUCAGUGGUACUGGAAACAAGCAUGGGCGACAUCCAGCUCGAACUGUACUGGGAUCAUGCUCCUCGAACAUGCAAAAACUUUGCUGAGCUCGCGAAGCGGGGGUAUUAUAAUGGAGUGGUCUUCCACCGUAUUAUUGCCGACUUCAUGAUCCAAACGGGUGAUCCAACAGGCACGGGUCGCGGUGGAACGAGUAUCUAUGGGCAGAAGUUCGAGGAUGAGAUACACCCCGAGCUACGUUUCACUGGCGCAGGAAUCCUAGCCAUGGCGAAUUCUGGACCGAACACCAAUGGCUCGCAGUUCUUCAUCACCCUUGGGCCAACGCCAUACUUGGACAAUAAACACACCAUAUUCGGUCGGGUUAGCGCGGGCAUGCGCGUCGUGCAGAGGCUCGGCGCCGUAGGCACUGAUGCUCAGGAUCGACCUCGGGAAGACGUGAAGAUAUAUAAGGGGCGCACCCUCUAA